AUGUGGUUGGGCCCCAUCGGCAUUCCGUCGAUGAUUGCGCAAAAGAUGCUGCAAGUAAAAGAUCUUGUUGGCACAUUCCGCAUGCUGGGAUUUUUCAUCGCUUCUGUGAUUCUCGGGUUAGCUAUCGUGUCACUCGUCACACUGCCACUUGUCUUCGCGGUGAUAACCAGAAGAAACCCUUACAAGUUCAUAAAAGCUCUGAAUAGAGCCUUACUGCAGGGCGUCGCCACGUCGUCAAGCGCCGCCAGCCUGCCGGUGACUUUUGAAUGUGUGCGUGACUUGAAUCUGGACCCACGAGUGGCCAAAUUUGUGCUGACCGUCGGCACGAUCCUGGCAACGAUUGGCACGGCACUCUUCCAAGCAGUAUCUCCAAUUUUCAUUGCUCAGAUGAACGGAAUCACUCUAGACUUAGGACAGUACAUCACACUAUGCGUAACUGCUUGCUUGGCAUCGGCUGGAGCGGCGACUGUGCCCAGUUCUGCCCUAGUCACGAUGAUCAUCGUUCUAUCGGCUCUUGGACUGCCGGUUGAUGACAUCUCACUAAUCUUCACUGUCGACUGGCUACUGGAUCGUUUCCGAACAUGCACUAACAUUGUGGCGGCCUCCAUUGGAUGUGGAAUUGUGGAUUACCUGAGCAGAAACGAUUUAAGCAAUCUUGAUGCCAUGGCGGAAACCGCUUCAAUAGCAUCGAUUGUGUGUGACAGUUGCUCGACAAAGCUCGAUUCCAGAUCUCUCAGUCGAGACCAGAACCUUUUCGGAAAAACUCCAUAG